GCUUUGGUCCAGCUAUGGUCAAAUUGUUUGUGGGAAAUCUUGCUGACACAGUUGACUCCACCAAGCUCAAGCAGGUCUUCCAACAAUUCACGAAAGUCACAGAGUGUGAUGUGGUCAAGAACUAUGCCUUUGUGCAUAUCGAUGACGAUGACGUUCAAUCGAUUAUAUCGAGACUAAAUGGCUACAAUCUUGAAGGAAAGGCUAUACAUAUACAAUUAUCAACGUCCAAGCUGCGAUCACAACCGGGUAUGUCGAAUCAGUGUUUUCGCUGUGGAUCUACAGAGCAUAAAACCCCGCAAUGUCCUCAGGAUCCUAACAAUCAAGUCACACAGACGAUCAAAAUUGAUUUGACGGGUGCUGUCAAACGUCCUGGAGGAGCUAUUGAUGGGCCAGAUGCAAAACGCCCUUUGCAAAUCGUCAGCGUAAUCGACGAGGAGAUUCCAAGACCGCCGGAACCCGAGCUGCAACAGUUGUAUGAGGAAUACAAUUUGUCGCGGCAACGAUACACCUAUUAUCGUGAGCGUCUGCAGAAGGAGAUUCAAGCGAAACGAAACGGAGUUCCGGGAGCCAGCUACAUCUCCCCAUUUGCUUCGACACUGAGCACUUCAACUACACAGCUUUCCUCGGCAGCUGUCCCCUACGUAGCCCCGCAGCAAUACACUCAACCCGCAGUGGUGGGCGGAAGUCAUCCUUAUUCAUUGAAGGCUCCUUAUGCAGCAGCAGCAGCUCCGCCUGUUCAACAAGUUGCGGCCGUGCCGCAGGUUGUUCCGCAGCAAACCACCUAUAUAACCCCACAACCCACAAUGUACGCUACGCAAACAGCCGUACCGCAGCAAGUGGUUGGAGUACCACAGCAACCCACUCCUGUAGCCGUACCGUAUGCACAGACAAUCCAGCAGCAGACCCCUGCAAUCGGCGUUCAGUCUUCAGCACCAAUGACCACACAGCAAUACCUGCAAACAGUUGGAUUACAACAGGCACAACAUCAGCAGCAAGGCACAACACUUGGAAUGACACAGCCACAGCAGACAACUUUGAAUGCACCAUACGCCGGAAUGAGCACAACCAAUCAGUGGAUGCAGCAGCAACAGCCGGCUCAGCAGAUGCUGGGUGUUCAGCGUUCGCAGUCUGUUGUUCCUCAACAGCAGACUUACCAAAGCAGUGGUUUAGUGAAGUUGAAUCUGGUCUAGCAGAUCUCAUCACUUUCAAAUCUCUUAUUUUUGCAAGUUUGUUCCUAUCUCAUCUAUUUCCUAACGCAUUUUAUAUUCUUUUUUCUUCAACUGAGUUGAAGUUAAUCUGUCAGUCACCAUUUUGUACAAACUUUCUGCACAUCUUUGUUUGGAUUCGAGCGCAAAAGCACAUUGCACCAUAUUGUGAUGUUUCUUCGAAAAUUUCGAGGUUAUAUUUGCAAUUUUUUUUCCAAAGAUCUUUUCCCAUUGAAUAAAAUAUAUAGAC